CGAUGCACUCGUCUUAGCCAAGGAUUCAAGCACGUAGUACGCGCUCGUCCAAGGUGGAAGACAGUAGAGACGACAGGUGUGAUACACACAGGAAGAAAUACAGAUCUGCGCGCGCUGUCAGAAGAUACCGAAGGGAGAAAAAAAAAAAAACAGAGAGAAAAAACGAGACGUAGACAGCGAGAGAAAACGAGAAGAGCGGAAAGUCGAAGUAGCUCGCAGCGUUUAUAUUUGGGAAGGAUUUACUCGGAAUUUGGAAUUUACUCGAUCACAGUUUUUAAUCGAGAUCGCACCGGAAGAAGAAGCGUUAGAAAUAUGUCCACGGAAUUGUUUCACGCAGCUUUGACGACAGUUGUGUUCUGGACAUGUUUAAGUUUCAGCAUGGGCGCAGAACGUCCGCUUUCAGAAACCGCUACAACCGUAUUACUGCCUAUGAAACAUUCCAAAUCUAGGUCGGCUACGUAUCAGGCGAUACGGGGCAUCGGAGAACCGAAGGAUGCGAGAAGCGAGGCUGUUCGCGCAACACAGGAGAACAACAGGUCACCUAGCCCGGUCGGCGUUAAUUUUUAUCGAUUACCACCGUCGCCGGCGAAUCUGUUGAAGCCAGAUGGAUUUCAAUUUUACACGUACAACGAGAGAGGCGACAUGAUCACGAAACAAAUGACCAUGCAAGAGAUUCAAGCCUUGAUCGCGAGUGGAGGUCCCGAUCAUUCUAACGUGGAGGUUCAAGAGCCGCAAAAGGCCGAGGAUAUCCUUACAGGUGGAAAAAAGGUAAUGGACGUCGUGGAGAAGGUGCAAAACGUGCUGAAAAGUGCCAUGGACAAACCGUUGUCGGCACUCUCAUCCGGUUCACACCCGAUGAUACCGGAAAAAGUAAACGUCGAGUGGAGCAAUAUUUUGCCAGCGAUAUUGGCCGGCGAUAAAUACGGGAACAAGGUCGAAGAAAGCCAUCACGUCGAGAAACCAACGUCGAAACCUACGUCCACGCACUACGUCGCGCAUAAUCAGAACGAUUCGACACCCGAUUCGCUCGAGUCCAACGUAAGUGAAACCGUACCGUUGGAAGUACUUGGGAACGUUAAAGUCGAAAAGAACGGGACGCAGCCGACGAUCGCUGCGAAACCAACGACUGUCUCUUACACGGAAAAAUUAAUGAUACCGGUGCCUGUCAUCACGACCGAACGAAAUGCCGAAUCGACAGGCAACAGUCAGUACACCACGCAGAGUUCCACCUUUCACAAGCUGACUGAGGCAACGCCGUCGUUAGAAAAUACGACUUACGGGUCUUACGAUCGCGACGACGAGAACUUGACGUCUGCAAACGUCCUUACAAAAUCAACAACGACCAGCGUCUCUCUCGCGUCAACCUUACAAUUUACAGACGAAUCCACGAAAAGCAGUUACGAUAACGCUGGUCUUGUAAGCGAAACGUUACACUCGGAGAAGAAUAAUUCACACGUCGAUGAGACUGUUGCCGAUUCGUUGGUAACGCAAACGAAGAUAAAGCCAGUAACUGGCACUUCGACAGAAGACGAUGACGUUCUAUUGAAAACGCAGACAUCGUCCGUGUCAGAAGCGAAUCAAGUCAAUGCAGUUCAAACAAUGGUAACUAACGAACCGUCUAGCAAGUUGCCAUCACAGUCUUCCGUAUCGUUUACCAAAUUGCCACCACAAUCCUCUACGUCUGUUACCAAAUCACCAUCGAGUGUUCCUGCAACUACGAACAAGUAUAAAGUCACAUCAGUGACGGAACAGUCGACGACGACACAGCAAGAUACAAUAAAAAAGCCAAGUGAUUACUUAAGUGGGUCAGUUGAACCUUCGAAAUCGUCUCCAUCUAUGGAGCUGGUGAGCUCUUUGUCAAACGUGAUCAGUCAAAUUUCCGACGACACAGUUUCCCCCGUGUUAUCCUCCUCUUUUGGAUUUCAGUCGAUUUCUAGCGACGACGAGAAUAAACGUAAUAACGGCUCGGUGACAAUCGCGACGUAUUCUCCGACGAUCAACGAAGACCGACCAGAAAAUGUAAAUGUCACGUCUGAUGAAGAACGUGUUCAAGAAUCAUUCACCGAGACGACGGUGAAGUUUAAAACGGACAAAGAGAGGAUUUCUUCCACUGCAACAACAACCACUCCGAUUAUUUCGACGAGUGUGACAGAGCUCGACAAAGUCAGCAAUCAAAAUUCGGCUGUAUCUAAUGUAACGAUGAAUAUUAACGAGACAUCGGCUACCACGUCCGAAUCUUUACAACCGAUAGCGCUUAUCGAGAGUAUACUUCACACUGCCUCGCCUGAAAUAAACACACCUGUUACCGAAUCGAUCACUUUACCGAGCGACCUGUCGGAGAAUCUCUUGGCUAACACUUUGGCAAGCUCACUCAUCGCCAAUCCGUCCAAUUUGAAAACAAAUAAAAUACAAACUGCACUCGACGAAACAACAACGUCGUACUCCGAGAAGCUCGACUCAACGAACACUGUUGCCUUUACGUUAAAUUCAAAGUUACCCAUUUCAAUUGGCAAGGAUGAUACGAAGAAAGGUCGUCCGACGAACGAGAAUGAAAUUUCUCGAACGUCGACAACGAAGGAGGAUCUGUUCACCGUACAGCAGGAAAUUGAACCUUCGCAAUUACCAAACGAACUAUCCGUCACUUCAGAAUCUACGACAUUGCCAUCUUUCACUACCGAUCCUGUUCUAAAGAAUACCGUCACAGAUGGAGUGUCUUUCGGUACUUCGUUCGCGAAUAAUAUACUUAACGAACAGACAUCUAAUCCUACUUACGAGACGACAAUAUCGAGCAACGAAGCUUCGACGAAUACGAGCACAAGAAUCAUCGUUCCAAAUGUUGGAAAUGUCACUGAAGUGGCAUCGCAGAACAGUGAUAAGACUUCUACAGUCUCCCUGGCCGAGACGACAGAAAUAUCGUCGUCAGGAAACCAUCGUGAUAAACCAUCUUCAUAUCAUACCGUAAUAGACAAAUUAUCGACGACCUGGAGCGAAUUUAGUACUGCUGCCGCGAGUUUAUCUAACGCAGAGGAGCAUCCAGUGCAGAAUACGACGGAUGAAACUGCACUGCAGAGACCCUUGAAGAAAACCGAGGAGCAGUCGAGGAAUGAUACAGUUCACACAACCGUUCAACACAAAAUCAACGUUGUGAGUAGCACAACCGCGACGUCUCUCGACGAUACGAAAUCUUUCGUUGCCUCGACUACUCCUGAGCCGAUAAUCGCCGCUCUAAAUUCCACCACGAAAGAGCCGGACGAAAUCAAUGGUACCACGAGUGCAACGAGCUCUGACGAGAUGAAUUCGACGGACUACAAAACGGAGAAACCCGUCCAGCCCCAUUUACACGCGAGUAACUCGACAGGAAUGGAGUUGUUACAGCUCGUAGAUAAAUCACAGAGCAACGAGUCGAAAUUGAAUGAUUCGGCAAGCAGCUCGAUUCUGCAGAGUAAAACGAAUGACACGCACGCGAAUUCUGAGCACACGUGGCAGCGAAUAUCGUUGCAUCAAAUAACACCGUCGUUGUCAACGGAAUUCACCACGAGGACCACCACACCAAUGAUGUAUACGUCGACAUCAGCGUCGACUUUGGUAAACACGAGCUCGACGAAACUUCCGUCGAACGGCCAGUCAAUUGCUACAAACGUGACGGAAUCGACAGUUUCCUUAGACGCCUCGAAAAGCAUCGGUGGAUUGGACACCAGCACGAGAAACGCGAGCGCCGACAUCGUUAAUUUCUCGAGGCUUUGCAACGAGCUGGCGAUCAAAUUUUGGAUCGCGGCGAACAACGGGCUGAGCAUCGGCAGAUCGUUCGCCCUCUCGCCGUUCGGCAUGACCAGUCUGUUGGCGAUGAUCUUCCUCGGUGCUCGAGGCUCGACGUCCGAUCAGAUGAACGAGAUACUCGGACUCGACAACGUAGCCACUUUCAAUCCGCAUCUUAUCUUCCAGAACGUGACGGACACGGUGAGCCUGGCGAGGCAUCAAGGUAUCGCGAACGCGGCCUUCGUUCGCGAAUUAUUCGCGGACAAGGCCAAGGUGAGGAAACUGUUGCCGUUUUACAAGGAACAGGCGCAACAGUUCUACGAGGGAUUGGUGGCCGAAGUGAACUUCGCCACUAUCAGCGACCUUGCCCGUCGACGAACCAACCUUCUGAUCAGAAAGCAGACCGGAGGCAGGAUAAAAGACUUCGUGAAGAGCAAUAUCGUCCCUCUGAGGUCACCGCUGGCUGCCAUCUCGGCGAACGUGUUUCAAACGGACUGCAACACGAGUUCCGCGAGUGCAACCGGCCGGGACGGCGAGUUAUACUUCGCCGUGUCGGCUGCUCAUAGAUUGAGGAAAUUGAUCCCUGUUCCAGCCACCGUUUGGCGAUCGAAUGUCCUCGCUGGUUACGAGCCCAGUUUGGACGCGACUGCCACCGCUAUUGGAAGCGCGGACAAGCUCGUUUCGACGAUAUUCUUGGUACCUGGUCAACAGGGCCACGCUGCACCCGGCGACACUUUGGACCGUCUCGAGCAGAGGCUUGUUAAAGGAGCUUUCCAAGACACCACUUGGGAUAAACUUUUGAAGGUUCUCAUACCUAGGCCGGGCCUUGAACUGCAAAUACCCAAAUUUAGUCAUCGGUCCAUCGUGAACGCUACUGCCGCUUUGAAAAGAAUGGGACUGGAUCAAUUGUUCUCAACUCAGGCCGACUUCAAAGGGAUCAAUGGAAUUGGAAAUCGUCUCUUCUUGUCCGACGUUUUACAGAUGAACUUGUUCAGCACGUGCGGCGAUGAAAACAUUGCCAAUGGACGACACCACGUGGAGAUUUAUCCGGCGAGUGCCUCUUUGAGAAACUCUCGACACGUCGAGGAGCAAACAUCCCGCAGAAUAAGACGGACCGCCGAUACAAAGUCGGAGAACUAUCGUACAGUCUCGCUGAAGGAGAGAAUACGAAAUGUAGAGAGAUCAGAGGAGAAGCCCAGAUUGAGAUUGGACCAGCCAUUCCUUUAUUUCGUACGGCACAAUCCAACUGGUCUUAUACUUCAUAUAGGCCGUUUCAAUCCUAGGUUAAUAUAAAUUUAGAAUGUAAUGUUAGGUCCGUCUUUACUAUACGUACUAAUACUUGUAUGUACUUAAUCUCGCGUAUUUUGUUUUAUACACAUAAUCCGAUUUUUUCGCGCGAGCGACACUUAUUACCGUUAAUCCUUUAACAGCGCAUCUAUAGAAUAGGGCAAGAUUAUUUGAAUCAAGCUACGUAAUUUGUCUUGAAAUUCAACAGCACUUAGACAAUACUUUUUAUACAAUUUUUCGUUCUUUCGUCAUUAUAUAAAAUCGAUGUCUCAUAAACGUCCGUAUUGAUUAUUAUAUAAAUUGAAUUUUGAUAAAUUGAUCAUUUGAUACAAGAUUGAUUUUUAAAACAUUGAAGCUUAAGUGACUCGAUUGUCUCUAUUUCGUUAUAUCAGAAACAGACUAAAGGAUACAGAGAUAAUGAUUUUCUAAAUCGUUCCUCGUCAUUUUAUUACACUGUUAAAGGGUUAAUUCGGAAAUCUUAUCGAUUACCUUGACUUUUUAAUCGAUAUUGUCGAUCCAUAGUCUAUUAAUUACGGGGGCUUUAAUAUCGCAGGAUUGGUAAUAACAGUAAGAAACAAGAACUUUUUAUAUAUAAUAUUAGGCGUUUUAAUUAGCUAGCAUGAGUAUUUAACAUCAUGCUCUGCUUGAAAUGUUGGUAGCUCGUUAUUAGUUUAGUGUUUCCUUUUUACUUAUGAUACAUUCAAUCGACUGAUUUAGGGCGGCAAGAAUUUCAAUAUGUAUCUAUAAGCGACUAAUGUUAUAAUUUUUGUUGCUUACAGUAUUUACUAUAGGUAUGUAGGAUGAUUUCGAAAUCGUGGUACUAAUAUUGAAUUUAGAUAUUGAAUAAUUUUAUUGAUAUUAACAUAAAUUAUUAAAUUACAAAAUAUUAUAAUGUAUAAUAUCAUAAUAUUGUAAAACAAUCAAUAUAAAUUAUCGACCAAUCAUUCAAAUUGGUUGAAUUAGUAAUAAAUACACAGACUUACUUUUACAUAAGAAAUUUUGUAUAUAUUGUCUCUUUUAUGGAUGUAACAUGAUUUUAGAAUCAUCCUGUAUACUUAUAAUUAAUACAAUAUUGUACGAUGACGUUUUAAGUAACAUAUGAGUAGAAUCAUAAAUGCUCAUGUAUUAUAUAUGAAGUAGUAUCACCAUUGCUCAUAUUUGUUACCACCACAGUAUAUCCAAAAUGCAAUUUAACCAGAUUUUAAUCAUUCUCUUCUUGGAAGAUCCUUGCAAAAACUUUAUUGCCACAGUAUGUUUGUCAAGCUACAUUCGUUGCAUAUAAUUUAAAUCUGAUUUGAAAAACUCCUUCACGAUGCAUUGUUAAUAUUAUUGUAACACAUACACAUUAUGUAUAUAUAAUGUAUUCUUAAAUUUUUAUUGCAUUUAAUAUUUAAACUCCCCUGCCUUCUUUGGGUCACUUUUGACUGAAUUCUAGAUUUUUGUAAUUUAAAAAAAAUACACGAUGUCCCUGCGAGAUCCCUUGUCGUCCCACGGUGCCCCAAUUUUACUUAUCAACUAAUUACUUUAGAUCUAAAC